GGCGUCCCCGGUGCGAGGAAAGUCACAAGCACGCGAGAAGUGUUCUUCAGCUGUGUGGGAACCGACAGAGUCACGACCACGAGGCCUACACGUGGUGCACUGGACAUGCAGAUUACAAAUAUCAGGGACUUGGCACGCAUCGCGUAUCAGCAGACAUAAGAGGUCAGCCCAACAGAAGACCAGCGACCGAGAACUGCGUCAGUUCUUGCUGCAAGCAAUUAUGGAGCAAAUUAAUAACAACCAAUUAUUAAUUUACAUGAAGCUUUCGGACAUUAUGUAGAAGAUGGCGAGAGUCAGCAUCCUGUCAGCCGUGCUGCUGAUCGCAGUCAGCACGACGGAAGCCCAGCCAUCACACAAUCUUUACAAAGUUCUACUCACUCAGAAAGGCUAUAUCCAGUUCCUGCGGUACCAGGUUGAGAUUCCAGAGCUUCACGACUUCACCUUCUGCAUCUGGGUGAAGAGCAGUAACUUCAGCAACCCGCAUCCUCUCUUCUCCUAUUCCAAAGAUGAAACGGAGCGCCUUCUGCGGUUGUGGCUAGAGCCACCUUUACCCGGCCGACGGGCUCACGUCAAGUUCGAGGUACUGAAGCAAGAUGUCAUGAGUGCCCCCAUAGAUAUAGCCCUGGAACACUGGUACCACUUCUGUCAGUCUUGGAGCAACACUGCGGGCCAGUGGGCGCUCUACAUCAAUGGCAAAUUGGCAGCUACUGGCGAGGACUGGCAGACGACGGGCUUGGUGAUCCCUGGGGGAGGCGACGUCGUGGUGGGGCAGGAAUAUACAGACUUCGACAAGGGACUCGACGAUGGCAUCGAGGGGGAAGUGUUCGGGUUCAACCUGCUAACAUCGGAGCCGACAUCCAGCCAUGGAUCUCGGGGUGUGUCCUCGCUCCCGGCCUAUGACAACGCCCUGGUUCUUCCUCGAAAUCAUUACGUGAUCAACAGUGCAGAAGAGUCCAGUUGGUUGUCACCCAUCCCCCGCCAGCAAUCAAGGGUGACGUUGAGAGUGCUUUCUAGUGACAAGAAACUGAUCCGGUGGCCCGAAGAGACAAAACGUUCCGAGAAAGUGCUGAGAGGCGAUCCCGGUACAUCUCGAGUCCGUUGGCCAAGCGAUCACAGAAACAGCCGUCGUGCUCCGCCUGUGAGGAACCGAGAAACGCGAGACGCGAGUGUGGUAGCGAACCCAGGGCUGGAACUGGUGAGAAAGAGCUACCGGCAGUGCGUCGAGAUGAGAGGCUCACCAGUGGACCAGAGCCGCCUGCUGAUAGCGUGGGCCAGCACACCGGUCAGGGUGUUUGGCGGGGCGGUCAUCAAGAGCGCCAAGCCGGUGUGCGGAGACUUCUAGCCAUUUGCAGUGCUGAAUCAAUUGUUACCUCCAUUACGCGUCUCACUCUACAUAGCAGGGGCACUAUCCACUGUUCCCACUACUGUGACAGCACGCUCUCGGCAGGCCGGGUUCGAUUCACGCAAGAGAAGCUAUUCCUUUCUUCGCUCCCCAACACCCACAGAGGCUUUGGAGUUUACCCAACCGCCAAUUCGAAGGACAACAGGGUCUCCUUGCUAGGGAGCAAAGCCGCCGGAGCUCGAAGCUGGCUACUCAAUCAAUAUGGCAUUUAGGUCUAAAAUGCGCAAAGAAUUAGUGCCACGCCCCCUUCACACGUUCAUGUCUUGCUGCUUAUGUGCAUCAGCAACUUGCCAGUUAUUAUUUACUAUCAUUAUUAGU